GGCCAGGACCUGGUGAUGAUCUUGAAGAAGGACACCAUGAGCCUAGUGGACCCCCUCAACCGCAGCCUCAUCCACCGCCAGCCCAUCCUCAACAUCCGCGUCUGGGGCGUUGGCUGCAACAAUGGCAGGGACAGAGACUUCGCCUUUGUGGCCAGUGACAAGGACACCUGCAUCCUCAAGUGUCAUGUCUUCCACUGCAAUGUGCCUGCCAAGGGCAUUGCCAAGGCCCUGCAUGAGAUGUGCUCCAAGAUCGUGGCUGAGCGAGCCAUAGCGAGCAGCAAGCCGCCAUGUGCCACCACGCUGGAGCCUGUAUCCAUUGAGAAUGUGCCACUGCAAGUGGAUAUCCUGGAAGCGGUGAGGCAGUCAAUGCAGACCUAUGAGGCACUGUACAUCGGCAGCCUGACUGUGCCCAGGGCCAUGGGGAUGGAUGUCCUGAAUGAAGCCAUUGAGAAGCUGAUGAGGGGCCCUGGGCGGAAGCACUGGACACCCUCGCUCAUCCGAGUAUCUGACACAGCCAUGAGGGUGCACCAUGCACAGGAGGAUGAGGAGGCGACACACAUCUGGGAGUGCCAGGUGCGGUACGUGACCUUCCUGGGAGUGGGCCGGGAUGCCCACACCUUCGCACUCAUCGUGGACACAGGGCGAUGCUUCCAGUGCGUGGCCUUCUGGUGUGAGCCCGAUGCCGGCAUCAUCUCGGAGGCUGUGCAGGCAGCCUGCAUG